GCGGCACCGCACACACAGACACAGGGGCUAGGCGAGAAAGCAGCAAGAGAGAGGAAAAAAAAUAAUAAUCCCCACCGCGAUCGGCACCGCCGUAAAAGCAGAGCGAUGAUGAUCGUACUCGUAGCAAUAACAGAAGAAAAGACCUUUGACAGAGAAGAGAGAAAUCUAAAAUCUUUAAAUUAAAAAAAAAAAAAAGAAAAAAAAAGGAAAUACCAGGGACAUCGGGGAAUGAAAGUUUUGGGUAGCUAAGCUGCUCUCUGCCUUUUUUUUUUCUUUUUUUAUAUGUAUAUGAAAUCUUUUUGCGGGUAGUUUUUUUUUUUUUUUUUUUAAUUUCGCGGUUUUCUGCCUUUUCCUUGCAUCCAAAGAGGGCAUGCCCACCGGCUGUUCCAGCAGCAUCUACCCUCCAACUCCCACCAGGAAGACAAACCGAGGACAAUCUUGAAAUACAAAAAUUUCCUCCUUGGAAUUUGCUGCUGCUACUGCUGCUGUCUCCGCCGCCACUGCUGCUGCCGCGGUGCAGUGCCAAGACUCUCGGAAUAAAUAAAAGAGGGCUACAGUGUGUGUCUCUAGCUACAGCCGGCUAAUAGCUAUUUUAGUUGGCCGGCACAUCUCGAAGAUCACAGAUGAAGCGGGGACGCCUGUCUUCUUCGUUGGCUCAGCGUGUGAAACAAUAAUCCCCGUAACAAAAAGGAGGGAGAUGGGGGAGAAAAAAAAUCCUAACAUGAAUCAGAAGAAAUAGUAUCUAGCACCCCCCAGCCCCCCCAAACCAACCUCUCCCCCUCCCCUUCCCCCGAUCCCCCUCUCUCUCGCUCUCUCUGCACACGCUUGCAGGCGCGGGCACGCGCGCGCACGCACAGACACACAGACGCGCGCACCCAGACACACAGACACGCACACACACUGUACUGUGUAUUUUCGGAGGAGGAGGUGGCUUUUGGAAGAGGAGGCAGCGGUGGUGUCGGGGAGGGGGGAAUCUCUUUCCCCGUCUGGAGAUGGUUGUGCUAUUCCUCUUUGCCUCGCUCUGGAUGCUGGAGGGGGCUUUUUGCCAGCUCCAUUACACGGUGCAGGAAGAGCAGGAGCAUGGCACGUUCGUGGGGAAUAUCGCCGAGGACCUGGGCUUGGACAUUACAAAACUUUCGGCUCGGCGCUUCCAGACGGCGCCCAACUCCCGCAGCCCUUACCUGGAGCUUAACCUAGAGACCGGCGUGCUCUACGUGAACGAGAAAAUUGACCGCGAGCAGAUCUGCAAGCAGAGCCCCUCCUGCCUGCUGCACCUGGAGGUCUUCCUGGAGAACCCCCUGGAGCUGUUCCGCGUGGAGAUCGAGGUGCUGGACAUCAACGACAACCCGCCCUCCUUCCCGGAGCCCGACCUGACCGUGGAGAUCUCGGAGAGCGCCACGCCGGGCACCCGCUUCCCGCUGGAGAGCGCCUUCGACCCCGACGUGGGCACCAACUCGCUGCGCACCUACGAGAUCACCCCCAACAGCUACUUCUCCCUCGACGUGCAGACCCAGGGCGACGGGAACCGCUUCG